AUCCUCGGCCCACGUGGACGUCCUGGACGUGGACAGCCCACGUGGACAGUGCCGGGCUUGAAGCCCCCCUGGAUCACGUGGAGGUCACAUGAGCCGUCCCAUUUCCAUCACUUGGCCUGUGCAGAACGGGCCCGUGUCCGAGCUCAGGCCUCGCCCCAAGGAUGGCACGGUGCUGGUACAGGAACGACCAAUCACCCCUCGAGGAGUCCAAGCUGGUUACAGGACGGUGACCUCGGUGACCGAGAUCAGCGCUGAGGAGUCCAUCGUGAUGCUCGAGAACUGGGUCAUAUGCUGGGCUGAAAGGAUGUGCGAGAAGUUGGAUGCCUCUCCUCCGUCUUCUGCGCGGAAUGUACUUUCAGCCCGAAGUGCUCGACAGGCGAAACCCAAGGCUGUGCCGCGAGGGGCACGAGGCAAUGAGACGAGGCCGGAGAGUGUAGCAGUGAUACACGCCUUGGCGAAAUUGGAGAGGGCCUUUGAGGAUGUCCUCGAAAACUCGGCGCGGUCAGAAAACUUCGUCUCGCCCAGGCAAACCACUGCCGCGACAAGUGCACUUUAUGGAGGCAAAGGUUCUUCAGCCGUGGCGCGUGCAUCAGUCCCGAAGGGCGGCAUCAAGGGGGCACCUUCAGAUGGCGUGCCUACCCGACACUCGUGGGGAAGAGCCGGUGUGCACAAAGUGUACAGUGGGCCUGGUGGCAAAGCAUCUGCCAGGUUUCUGGAGGUCACCGAAGCUCUUGGCCCCCGAGUCUAUAGCGAAUGCAAUUUGAAUCGCAGCGCGCAGACAGCGCUGUCUGCAGCGAUGUCGAGUCCCAGAAGCAAUUUGAUGCCUGACACGCUCUCGCGCAGUAGCCCUGUCCAAAUGGAGAUGCGGGUCAAUGCUGCUCAGGUUGAUGAUCAGAGGUCACCAGACGACCUACAUGCGCGCCUUGAUCGCAUGCAGGAGUUGAUCGACCAGGGGCAGAAGCAUUCGGCCGAGCAGCUGAAAUGGCUUCGGGCAGAUUACGAGGAGCUGGCCAGAAUGCGUGCGGAAGAGCAAGCAGGCCAAGCAGGCCAAGCAGUCCAAGCAGGCCAAGCAGGUGAAUGCUUCGACAGCUCUAGCAGCUCCAGCAGCUCCGGAUCUGACAGAUCUGACAUGAUCUGACAGGCUUGCAGAUAUUUCUAGAAUUUUGUAGAUCUACUUCCAAAAUGACAGAAAUUGAUAGCUGCUGAACAAGCACCAGAAUCCACAAACAAUGAUACAUAUAUAUCAUAUAUAUAUAUAUGAUACGUAAAAUGUGAAAGUGAAGCCACUACAUUGCAGGAUGUAUUGGGGCCACUUGCUGAGAGCUCCCUGCAGGACGAGGAGAGGAUUGGAUGAGCAGAUAGUCAAUGGAUGGUCAGGGUUGAAGCUGAUUUUGAUGAAGUCCUAAAUGUCAACCGUUUGAUGCCAAGAUUUUGAAAUGGCAUCCAUUUCAAGACUGCAGUCAAAGAACUGACAUAUGUUGCGCCUUUGACGCAAAAA